AAUCAAAUAAAUACUCAAAAUUGACAUCUUAUUUCUCCUUUGUUUUUUGCACAUUCUCUGGAUUUCUACUCUAUCUUCCAAAAUCUCCAUUUUUCGAUUAAAACCCCAACCAAAUAAACACAUUUUCCCAUUAUUUUGCGAUUAAAUCUCGAACAAUUUAUUCCCAUUAAUUCAUUCUAUUUCCCCAAAAUAUUGUAAUUAUAGUAGUAAUUAACUAUUAAUUUGGGAGAAAAUCUCAAAAUGGGGAGUAGUACCCAUCAUAAUUACAAGAUGUUCAUGUGUUUUAACAGAAAGUUUAAGAUCAACGAUAUUCAACCACCCUUUGAUCUUGUUGAGGCUUUCACAAUUUACUCUCAGAAGGGUACCCACAUGAAUGCGGCCCAGUUCCACCGUUUCCUGGUGGAGUUUCAGGGGGAGAAUACGACGGAGGCAGAGUCUAGCCGUCUUCUUGACGACAUUCUACGGCGGCGACGGCAUCUUAGCAAGUUCACCAGGCAGGGAUUGACUCUUGAUGAUUUCUUCUUCUUUUUGUUUUCUGAUGAUCUUAAUAUUCCUCUUAACUCCCAGGUGCACCAUGAUAUGACUGCUCCAAUGCAAAAUUAUUUCAUAUAUACAGGUCAUAAUUCUUACUUAACGGGGAAUCAACUCAGCAGCGACUGCAGUGAUGUACCAAUAAUCAAGGCACUGCAGAGAGGAGUCAGGGUGAUUGAACUUGAUAUCUGGCCUAAUUCAGCAAAAGACGAUAUUAAUGUUCUUCACGGAAGGACCUUUACAACUCCAGUGCCGCUCAUCAAAUGUUUGAAGUCUAUAAAAGAACAUGCUUUUGCAGUAUCUUCUUAUCCAUUGAUAAUAACAUUAGAAGACCACCUUACUCCGGACCUUCAAGCUAAAGUUGCAAAGAUGGUGACUGAAAUAUUUGGGGAGUUGCUAUACUGUCCGGACUGUCAGCACUUGGAACAUUUUCCUUCACCAGAAGAGCUCAAGUUCAGAAUUAUUCUUUCAACAAAACCACCAAAAGAAUACCUCGAGGCCAAACAAAGAAAAGAUAAGGGGAACACCUCACCAAGUUCAUCAGGAGAUGACACACAGCAAAAUAGUACCGCAGGUGAUAGUGAAAGUGAUCAAGAUGAUGAAGACAGUGAUACCGCGUCUGAUUGGAAUAAAUCUGGGCAGUUGGUUGCACCACAGUAUAAGCGUCUGAUUGCUCUUCAUGCGGGUAAACCAAAGAAAGGGUUGAGAGAUUCGCUUAGAACUGGUUUAGAUAAAGUUAAACGUCUCAGUUUGAGUGAACAGGCUCUUGAAAGGGCAACCACAAAUUACGCACCUGAUGUUGUCAGGUUCACGCAGAGAAACUUUCUUAGAAUUUAUCCCAAGGGAACACGCAUUAGGUCUUCAAACUAUGAACCCUUAGUUGGGUGGAUGCAUGGUGCUCAGAUGGUUGCAUUUAACAUGCAGGGAUAUGGUAAAUCUCUUUGGUUAAUGCAAGGGAUGUUUCGAUCUAACGGUGGUUGUGGUUACGUGAAAAAGCCUGAAUUUCUGAUGACAAAAGGGCCAAAUGGUGAGGUAUUUGAUCCAAAGGCUCCAUCAGAAGUGAAGAAGAUCUUGAAGGUUAGAGUAUUCUUGGGGGAUGGAUGGCGCUUGGAUUUCAGCAAAACUCACUUCGAUACUUUUUCUCCACCAGACUUCUAUGUCAAGUUCCGCAUACUGGGAGUUCCAACAGAUUUUGCAAAGCAGAAAACAAAAGUGAUUGAAGAUGAUUGGGUACCUGUGUGGGAUCAAGAGUUCACUUUCCCAUUAAGAGUUCCAGAGUUGGCUCUACUUCAAAUAGAAGUAAGAGAACAUGACAUGUCAGAGAAGGAUGAUUUUGGAGGACAAGCAUGUUUGCCGAUAUCAGAGCUCAAAACUGGGAUUAGAUCAAUCCGACUUUUUGAUAGAAAGGGCGAGAAACUCCCUAAUGUUCGGCUUCUCAUCAGGUUUCAAUUUGCUUAAUUUUCAUUCAAUUAUACUCUGCAGUAUUCGAGUGUAUAUGGCUUGCACUGCAUGACAGCAUUGGAAGGAAUAUAAUUAAAUAGCGGAUCAUGCAACUAACGGGAAUGUCCAACUUUAGGGAUGUUUUUCUUGUUAGUAGGAUAAAUAGAUGGUGAUUUGGAAUUAUUUAUCCUUGAAUGCAUGAUACGUUCUGUAUUGAAGCAAUGUACCAUAAAAUGUAACAAUUUGUACACUAGUGUUUCACUGUAUCAGAUAAUCAGAGGUUUCGAAAGUUGUUCACUAAAAA